AUGGCCCCCGACGCCGCCCCCCUCUCCUACGACGAUGCCGUCGCCUACGAAGACCAGCUCUCGACCACCGCAACAGUCGCAAGCGAAACAGCAAUAAUGGCAGACGAAACACCCGGAGCGCCCUCGCUCGCGAACAGGAUCGGCCAGACAAAGGUAUACCUGCUCGCGGACGCCUCGCUGUCCAAGGCCGGAAAGACCUACCGCCCGAACGCGGUGCUCCUGCAUGGCCCGCCCAUCGCGCACCUCCCCACCUCCAACCUCUUCGCCUACGCAACUCACUUCGACUCGCACCCCAUGGGGCUCGAGUGGAUCGACGACACCACCUGCGUGCUCGUCUUCGAGUCGCGCGCCGCCGCGCGCCUCGCCCACCGCGCCCUCUCCAAAUCCCCCACCGAAGCCCCCGACGAGGCGGGGUUCGUCGCGGCCAAGCCGAUUCCCGUCGCGCUGUGGCCUGCGGAGGACCGCAUCAGCAAGGUCCUGGGGAAGGGCGAGGGCCUCAAGGGCGCGAUCCGCAUGCGCUGGGCAAGGCGCGACGACGUGAAGAAGCGCGGGGCGAAACGGGAGAGCGAGUUCUACCGGAAGCACGGCGCGCGCGCGGGGAAGGAGGGGUUCGUCCCGCCUGAGGAGCUCGAGCGGGAGAGCGCGCCGAAGAGGCGGCGGAAGGACGAGGAGCAGCUGCGCGCGGAGCUGGACCAGGAUAUCGACUCGUUCCUCGCGGAGGACGAGGAGGAGCCGCCUGCGCCGCCGUCGAAGAUGCGCUCUGAUAAUAUGGGCGUGGGGAGUAGGAAGUCGCUGCUCGAGCGCACGUCGGUCAUGCGCGUGCGGGAUAGCCCCAGCCCCAGUCUCGCGGACCGUAUCACCAAGCCAAUGCCCCGGCGCAGAGAGAAGAGGGAUCGUGAAUGGGAUAGAGGGAAGGAGCGUGCGUCACCUGCCAGACGACGUAGUGGAGAGCGAGCGCGCUCGGAACGGAGAGAACGGCCCAAGAAGACGCAGCAGGAGUUAGACGACGAGCUAGACGCGUUCCUCAAUGAGGGCCGGUGAUGUUGAGUUUGUAUUUUUUGUAGUGUACAUUUUUGUAUAAUCCUCAUCAGGUUCAGGCAUCCCCACUCGUCUCCUACAUUGCACUAUCCCCGCUUAGUCGCAUCUGUAAUGUGAAUGGAUGAGCUUCUAGUCGA